UUGCUCUUACUUCCGGUUCGCAGCGUACAGUCAAGAAGAGCAAGCACGAUACGCCGCCAAGGUGGCCUCAGUCGACUAGCAAUGCAGCUCGUGCCGCGAGAGAUCGAUAAACUGACCAUCUCUAAUCUGGGAUUUCUGGCCCAGCGGAGAUUGGCCCGGGGAGUGAGGUUGAAUCAUGCAGAAGCGACUGCGUUGAUCGCAUCCAAUCUCCAAGAGCUUAUUCGAGAUGGCAACAAUUCGGUGGCAGAUCUCAUGACGAUCGGCAAGGAGAUGCUUGGACGUCGACAUGUCCUACCCUCUGUCGUGGCCACCUUGAAACAAGUUCAAGUUGAAGGAACUUUUCCCACUGGGACCAACCUGAUCACCGUGGUCAAUCCCGUUUGUUCGGAUGAUGGCGACCUGGAGAAAGCCCUCUACGGAAGCUUUUUGCCUGUGCCGCCGAAAGAAACGUUCCCGGAUCCUGAUCCGGAUGACUAUCAGCCAGAGAAGAUGCCUGGCGCUGUGAUACCCCUCAAAACGAGCAAGAAAAUUGAGCUCAAUGCCGGGAGAAAUAGAAUUAUGCUUAAAGUGACAAGUCGAGGAGACCGGCCCAUUCAGGUUGGUUCACACUAUCAUUUUAUAGAGGUGAAUCCACAAUUGGACUUCGACCGUGCGAAGGCGUACGGAUAUCGCCUUGACAUCCCAGCUGGGACGUCUAUCCGCUUUGAACCCGGUGCUACCAAGGCAAUCCCUCUCGUCGAAAUUGGCGGCAAGAGAAUCAUUCGAGGGGGCAACCACAUCGCCGUCGGGCAAGUGGAUUUCCGAAGAGUUGAUGAAAUCAUCAUGCGUCUGCAAAAAGCUGGAUUUGCGUACACUCCGGAGCCUAAACAGGAUGCUCAUUUGAUCGAGCCAUUUUCAAUGACGCGGGAAGCAUAUGCUCGAAUGUUUGGUCCUACCACUGGAGAUGUAGUCAAGCUAGGAACCACAGAUUUGUGGAUUAAAGUCGAAAAGGACCUGACCUACUAUGGUGACGAAUGUUCAUUCGGUGGUGGCAAGACCAUAAGAGACGGGAUGGGGCAAGCUACAGGAAGGCAUUCCGUGGAUGUCCUGGAUACAGUCCUGGUGAACGCGCUAAUUGUCGAUUGGACGGGUAUUUACAAGGCUGAUAUUGGACUAAAAGAUGGAUUGAUCUGCGGAAUCGGCAAAGCUGGAAACCCAGACAUGAUGGAUGGUGUCACCCCCAACAUGAUAGUUGGCUCUUCGACAGAUGUUAUCGCAUGUGAAGGAAAAAUUGUCACUGCAGGAGGAAUUGACACACACGUCCAUUUUAUAUGCCCACAGCAGGUCGAGGAAGCCCUCGCCUCCGGAGUCACGACUCUUCUCGGUGGCGGCACCGGUCCAACUGAGGGAUCAAAUGCGACUACAUGCACACCGGCUCCAAAUCAGUUCAAGACGAUGAUGCAGGCUUGUGAUCAUCUUCCAAUAAACGUUGGCCUUACAGGCAAAGGUAAUGACAGCGGUCUUCCAUCUCUGAGGGAUCAAUGCCGUGCAGGAGCCGCUGGCUUGAAGGUGCAUGAAGAUUGGGGUGCAACGCCGGCUGUCAUUGAUACAUGCCUCCAGGUCUGCGACGAGUUCGAUAUUCAAUGUCUCAUCCAUACCGACACCCUGAACGAAUCUGGCUUCGUUGAACAGACCAUCAAUGCCUUUAAAAAUCGAGUGAUUCAUACGUACCACACUGAGGGUGCUGGAGGAGGCCACGCUCCAGAUAUCAUAUCCGUCGUCGAGAAGCCAAACGUCCUGCCCAGCAGUACGAAUCCCACUCGUCCGUAUACGGUAAAUACUUUAGAUGAACAUCUGGACAUGGUAAUGGUCUGCCAUCAUUUGUCCAAAGAUAUUCCUGAAGACGUGGCUUUUGCGGAAAGCCGGAUCCGAUCCGAGACAAUUGCUGCAGAAGACGUUCUUCAUGACACGGGAGCCAUCAGCAUGCUAUCCUCGGACUCUCAAGCUAUGGGACGCUGUGGAGAAGUUGUUGUUCGGACAUGGAACACUGCACAUAAGAAUAAAAUGGAACGAGGGCGACUCAAGGAAGAUGAAGGGACGGAUUCUGAUAAUUUUAGGGUUAAACGGUAUAUCAGCAAGUACACCAUCAACCCUGCCAUUGCACAGGGGAUGGCCCACACUAUUGGGAGCGUGGAAGUUGGCAAGACCGCUGAUUUGGUUCUGUGGAAAUUUGCCAACUUUGGGACUAAACCGAGUAUGGUCUUGAAGUCUGGAAUGGCUGUCUCAGCGCAGAUGGGUGAUCCCAAUGGCUCUAUCCCCACAAUCGAGCCUAUUAUUAUGAGGCCUAUGUACGCUAGUCUUAACCCUAAAGCCUCAAUCAUGUUCGUAUCCCAAGCAUCCAUCAAGCUUGGUAUCAUCGACAGUUACCACCUGAAGAAGCGGAUCGAGCCAGUGAAGAAUUGUCGGAAUAUAAGCAAGAGAGAUAUGAAAUUUAAUGAUAUUAUGCCCAAAAUGAGAGUCGAUCCGGAGAGCUAUGUUGUCGAGGCUGACGGGGAAGAGUGCACCGCUGAGCCAGUGUCAGAGUUGCCUUUAACACAAGAUUAUUUCGUUUACUGAAAAUUGGUGGAGACCAUAGAACGUCUCCACAGAUUAGUCGUGGAAAAGUAAUGCUCAUGGCGAUAGUAUCCUUCUGUACCUGUUUUGAUGAAUAUUAGUACAUUUUAUU